AUGGCUCCAAUUACCAUCGAUGAGCUUCAUCUAUUUCACCAAAUUGACCGUGAAGUCUUCUGUUUCUUAGUAUUCAAAUUACAUCGUGACCUGACCCAAUCCCUUUUGGUCAUGGCCUUGUGGCUUUGGCUUGAAAACAUUGGAAACUCUAAUGUUGUCCGUAAAAUCAUGGGUCUACCUAAUGCUCUUGUCAAUGCUUUGGUUGACGAAGCUGUAGUUUGCUUAAAGUGCUUGGAGAUAGAUAAUCCUCUCAUCCCAAAUGGUGGAGGCUUACCCUUAACCCAAAAGCUAACACAAAAGGAUAUCUCUCUUCGAAUCUUCAAUAAGAAAAGGUAUACCACAAUAGCAGGUAUCAAAAGUGUUCUACAAAAUAUUUGUGCUCGAGUUUUCAAUGAUGUUGUGGAGAUUGUUUUGAAAAGUUCAAAAAUCAGUCAAGCUAGCACAUCAUACAUGCCUUUGGUUGUACCUGGUUUUCCGCACCCAUUGUUUGGUGCUUUUGAUGUACCACCAAAGACAAUGAACCUGGAUUUGUCUGAUAAUACGAUAUGGGAUGGAAAGCAACCCUAUAAUGAUGUAACUGAUGAUGAUAGAUCUAUGUUUCUAACAUUUUCUAGGGGCUUUCCUGUAUCAGAACAGGAGGUGAGAGUAUUGUUUACAAGGAUAUAUGGGGAUUGCAUCUUAAGUUUAACUAUGGGAACUGUUGACGAGAAUGACCAACACUUGUUUGCAAUAAUGAUUUUGCAAAUGGUAGAAACAGUGGAUCAGAUUCUAAAUGGGAAACGCGUUGCAAAGCUUUAUAUCAAUGGGAAACAUAUUUGGGCUCGCAAGUAUGAGCGUCGCGACUGA